CUAAACGAGUGGUCCAUAUUGGUGUUUGUGGUGCCUAUGCAGUGAAUUUUUUAUGCGGAGAAAACGAGAGGAGACGACAGCGUCCAUGAUGACAAUCUUGAAAUUAAAUCUGGGUCAGCACAUUAUUGUGUCUUCCCACCUUACUCGUUUAAUCACAUUAGCACCAUCCUCCGUUACCGUGUUUCCGACUCACCAACAUGUUUUUUGUUCAUCAAUUCUUGGUUAUACUCAUACCCACUAUCCCAUCCUGGUCAGGUCUAAUUCUCAUCCACUCCCGGAAUCCAAUGACCAAGUUGAAGACCUUCGGGUUCCUGACCAUUGGUUAGACCCAUCCAUGGCAUUGCAGCAGGAAUCUGAGUGGCUUAGGGUUACUUUACAUAAAUGGUUGGAUGAUGAAUACUGUCCAGAAGAAACCAAUGGGGAGAUAAGCAGGGUUGCUGCCAACUCAUACUACAAUUCUUUGCUACAAAAGCAAACAGACCUGGGUGAGAUACUGUUGAAGAUGGCCCGUGAACUCGAGUCUAUUUCUUACAAAGAGAGUUUUCAUGGACCUUUCUCAUCAGCAAAUGCUGCUAUUGACCUCAUUGCCCAACGCAUAGAACACUUCUGCCACUCAAUUUGAAUUUUAUUGUUCCACUUGGUUUGGUUUGCUUAUACCAAUACCGGGAUUGAAUUUUAGCAUCUUACUGCCCCUGUUGUGUAGUACAAUUUGUGUUAAUCCCCGUGAAAUGUAGUACUGCAGGCCAUUUUAUGGAAUCUUACGAUCUUUGAGUAUUAUGAUGAAUAUUUCUGUUUCUCUUCAAUUUUGCGCUUAUUAAAAAAUGAAUUGAAUCCCAUAAAGCAGGGCGUUCAUGUUAGACACUCAAUUUUAUUGAGUUGGUUUACAUAUAAAAUGGGCUCUGAUCUUUCUCUUUCUGCUUUAAUUAGU